CAAAAUUUUAGACGAUGUCUCAGUGUAAAACAUGUUAUCAUUACUGUUUGCUCUCAAGGGAGAUGCAACAAAAGGCCAGAUAGCCCUAAAAUUGGGCCCGCUUCACUAAGCAGGUAUCUUGGUUCCAUCUUGGUUCUAAACCCUACCAAGGCGGAGGAAAUGAAUGCAGAAUUCUGCAUUCCAAUGAAAGUGAAUGCUCUUUCCCUGCUGGUUUUAUAAUUGUUGUGAUUACUGACCUCUAGCCAAGACUGAUAUGUGAUUAUUUUGUAUUAUGUGUUUAACUACUGUUGACUCGUGCCACAACUCAUUGGGAAUUCAAAAAAAUAAUGGUAGUGUUUACCUUUGACCUUACAGGAAUUCUGAUAUUAUUUUCAGAGCUUGAAAUGAAGAAGUGGAUCUAAAAUGUGUUACUACUGUUUUCCUCAUUAUAAUGGUGGUUACUUCGGAUUUUUGCUGAAUCCGCUUUCGUGUUAAGAAGUUGAGCAUUCCGGAGGCGAUGAUGAAAUGCCUCCUUGACAGGGGUUGAGAUUGCGCUACAUGAUUUCAUCAUCUUCUAUCUGUUUGUUAUCAUUACAUUAUGAAUUGCAAAUUCCUAUUGAAAUAAAGUUGACAUUUACAUUUGUAGAGAUACCUCCAGUAAUAGUAGCAACUCCUGGCCCUUGAAUCAGUCGGCUCUCUGACCCCACCUCAGUUAACACUACAGGUUGACACAUAUACCACGCGUCAUCAGACGGAAUUGUCUAUGCAUAAAAUUUCACACAUUUUGGUCAUCCCCGGUUUGUGCGUGUGAUGUGGUUAAUAAGAGGGAGGAGAUUAUCUGGUCUAUGGGUGUAUAUAUAUCCCUGACCAAACGGUUAUUGGACUUGAAAUACUGCUGGGUUCACUUGGAUUGUUCUAAACCAGACAAGAAGAGGGGAAGCUCGACAUGGACCAUCAACUCAGAAUCCAACACAAUCCAAUCCAUUAUGUACUGUUUCUCCUGGCGGUCCAGUGGGGGCGUGUCCUCCCGAUGCCCAUUCUGAACCAGAGUGUGUGUAACAGCGCUUUACCUCUGACAGAGAUCCUCCAGCACGAAGCCAGUCAGUUGCUGGACAACUAUGUGCUCAUCCAUCAGUUUCAGGCUGAUUCCAUCCCAGAAGACGUUCCUGAUGCCAAGGUGAAUGGUAACAGCCCCGCUGAGAAACUGUACAGCAUCGCUGUGCAGGAAAUGCGGUUCUACCAGCACCUCAUGGUCGUAAAGAACUACACCACGGACUUCUGGGCCAACCCAGACCCCAGCCUACAGGACGCCUUCGAAACGGCAAUAAAACGAUUGUCAAAACAUUACCAGAUGAUAGGGGAGCUUCUGAAUGCAGUUGACCCCAACUUUAAUUCUCCAACCAUGCCGGCCUCCCCGGCCCCCAGCAUCGAGGGCGGCUAUGCCAAUAAACAUUAUGGCUGGGGGGUUUUAUCAAACCUAAAGGUCCUGUUAAACAAUGUGGAGCAAGAGCUCAAAAGUGUUUGUGGGGAAGAGUUACAAAACCUAUAAUCUGUCUAACCUUUAUUAUGUCUUAUAUAUUUAUAUAUUUAUUUAAUGUUUUUAUAUUGAUUGAUAUUUAUUUGUUUAAUGGUGAUUCCAAACCCUUUUUCCUCACAGCCUAAAGUAGCCAUUUCCCAUGUUAAAUGUAUGUUUAUUUAUUGUACUUAUUUAUAAAUUCUGGUUUAGUGCCUGUUCUAUUCAUGCCUGUUUGGAACAUGCAACAAUUUGUAAACAUAUUUGUAUUUAUUUAUAGAUGUAUUUAUUAACUGUUUUCUUAGAGAAAGACAAGUGAAAGAAUUUUAAACUAUGAUUUUUUUCUAGAUAUUUGUAUUUAAAUAUUUAUUUAAUAUGACUGCCUAACAUGGCACCUAUUGGGAUUACGUAAGAGCCACUGUAUACACACACUGUUUAUAAGCCUAGGUGCUGUUUAUGUAAAGAGUAAAGAUUUUAUUUUUUAUUAAACUGUAUUUUCAUACUAUGACUAUGACUAAGUAGUGUUGAUUCAAAAACAUUGAAUACAUUUGAUAUGAACAAUGUUUUUAUCUCACCCACAAAGACAGGAAUAAACCUAUUUAUUUAAGAGUUA